GCGCGCGCCGGGCGCCAUCUUUGAGCCGGGCACCGGGGACACGGCGGCGGCGGCGGCCCCGGCGGAGCGCGGCGACAGCGGCACGGCGGCCCCCGGGGGCUCGGUAAAACUCCCUGAGCGACCGUAAAUAGAACGCUUCGGAGCCCCGCGGCGGCUGGUGGGAGAUGGGGAGGAACGGGCGGGGGGCGGUGCUGGCCCGGCCCCGGCUCCUCCGCAAGGCCGCGCGUCCCCCGCGCUGUCCCCGCGGCGGGAGGGCGACGCUGAGGGGCGAAUUAAUGCGGAAUAAAGGCGGGAUCAGGGGGGAAUAAAACCGGGAUUAGCCGGAAUGGAGCCGGGGUGAGGUGGGUUUGCUCCCACGGGGCUCUGGGGAGGGGGAGCUGCGUGCCCGGUUAGGCCCGAGGCCUUUCCUCAGCGCCCGUCCCCUCCCCAGAGCGGCGCUCCCAGCUCAGGGAUUCUCUAAAUCUCCUCAUUUUCAGGUCAAAUCUCCUUUUUUUUCCCUGUUGUAGCACCGCGUCUGAGGGGCAUUUCUAACGUAGUCACCUCAUUGCUGCUCAUUCCUAAAGGAACUUCAGGAGCUGAGUAACUCUGGAUGCAGCCGGGCUGAAUUCCUCCCGGAGCUUGUUAAAAACAACGCGAAUCCGAGAAAUUUUGGGGUUAUUUCCUUAUUUUUUAAACUUAUUAUUCCCUGAGCUUGUUAAAAACAACGCAAAUCCGUGAAAUUUUGGGUUUAUUUUCUUAUUUUUUAAACUUAUUAUCCCCUGAGCUUGUUAAAAAAAACGCAAAUCCGUGAAUUUUUGUGUUUAUUUUUUAUUUUUUAAAGUUAUUCCUCCCGGAGGUUGUUAAAACAACGCGAAUCCGUGAUUUUUUUUCUUGUUUUUUAAAGGUUUUUUGCUUUCUGACAUCUUUUUUUUUUGUGGUGAAAACGCCAAAAGGAGAUUUUGGUUGUUGUCGUUGCAGAAAUCAGAGCCUCCAGGUUAUUCCCAGCAUUCUCAUUUCCUAAAUAAAACCCGGCUUUCUUUGGCUGUAAAAACCAGAAAUAAAUAAAGGGAAUUUCCUGGGGCAGAAAGGAUUUUGGGGUUGAAUUUGGGCGCAGCUGAAGCAGAGCAGGAAGAGUUUUCCAGCUAAAACUUCCUGCUGCUGGCGCUUCCCAGCUCCAAUCCCAUUUUCCCGAGGUGAAAUCCAGGCAAAAUCCAAUUUUUUUUAGGAUUUAAGGAAAGAUUCCCGUGAGGGGGAGGAGUUGUCACAGGAAAUCGCUGCCAGGCUUUGGGGUUGAGCUCAAAAAUACAAAAAGAAUUCAAAUAAAUUUUGUUGAAUGGUUGUUGUUUUAUCCAGGAGUGGGUGGAGCAGCUUCCUUUGGUUUGGGGUCGGUUCCUGAGGAGGAAAAGCUGGAGGAGAGAUUAAAAAUGGCUAAAAAAUGGCCAAAAAUGGCAAAAAAAAGGCAAAAAAAGGGGUUAAAAUGUGGAAUUCUUGCUGCUUUACCUGGUCAGCAGGAGGGGAAUCACCCGGGGGAUUUGAGGCCCAGCUGAAGCAGCAGGAGAGGCUUUGCCCGGGAACUUUGAGCUUGGAAAUCCAAGAAUUUUCCCUUUAAAAAGAAAAAAAAAGUUGUGUUGUUUUUAUUUUUUUGGGCCUGGUUUUUGAUUUUUUUAAAUAUUUUUUUUUUACAAACAUUUUACUGCCAAAGCUUUCCUGCAUUUAAUGAACUUCACGAACAUUUUCAUCAAUUCUGGACCAAAAAAAAAACCCAUUUCAAAUCCUCUCGAGCUUGAAUUCAUCCCAGUCCUGCUGAGUGCACCAGAGUUACUCCUUUUUAUUCCCAUUAUUUUUUGAUUUACUGCCUUUAAAAAUCCCACAAAAACAUCUUUUUGAUGACCUUUUUGAAUAAUUAAAUCUCCUUGAUGGCGCUCAGCCCUCGGAGGGGGUUUUGGGGGGAGGUUUUGUUGAUUUCCCUUUUGUUAUUGUUCAUUCUCAAGGUUUUAUUCCAGUUUAUUUUUUUUUUAAACAAGCUUCAGAGUCAGCAGAAAUCUGCAAAAGAUGGAAAGGAAAAAGCUGAUUUCGUUUCAUUUCAUCCCUGCAGGGAUUUUCUCUCCCCCCAGGGGUUGGUGGAUGUGGGAAUGUUGCAUUUUAGGUGUGGAAAAUCCCCCAGGAAAGGAAAUUCCAGGGAAUUCCUCCUGCUUUGGCUUGGAAUUUCUGCUUUUCUCCCCCUUCCCCGCCAGCAUUUCAGUGUUGACUUCAACAAAAUGAAGAAUUCAGGCUUGAAAUUUGAAUUAUAACUCCCAAGAGCACUGGGGGAACCUGAACUUCCAGCAGAAGGAGUUUUUAGGAGUAAAUUCCCUGGAAAAAAAUCUGAUUUUCAACCUCCAAAAAUGAAUUGAACCCCGUGGAGAUGGAAGAGCAGCAGGGAGCCCUGCGCUUGAAUCCUCUUUUAUUCCCUUUGUCAAUCAUUCAAAUGAGAACCCAGCUUUGCCUCUCUUUAUUUUAGAUUUGGGAAAAUUCCCUGGCCAAAAUUAAAAAAAAAAACACCCUGGGAAAAUUGACAGAAUUGGCUCGGUGUGAGUAAAAAGUUCCAAUUCUUCUAAAAAUGUAAAAAUAAUUUUAUUGAGUUUUUUCCUCCCCAAAGAAUCAGAAAUGCUUUGCACAGAAGCUAAAAUUGAUUUUAUUUGCAUUUGAGCUCCUGCGUGGAAAAGAACCUUAAAAAAAAAUCAGAUUUUUUUAGAAGAUAUACCCAAAAAUUCAAAUGGAAAAAAAAAAAAAACCCACGAAUAAAAUCAAUUUUCAGCUGGAGCUGGGCUGGGUGAACGCCGAGGGAACAGCACAGAUGGCAAAAAUCGGGAUAUUUGCUGGAAAACCCACGGAAUUCCUGCCCCAAACUCCCAAAGCCCCCGGGGUGGCUUUGUCCCCGUGUCCCCAAAUAAUCCAAUUUCCCCCCAGUCAGGCUUUGAGUGGCCAAAAUUCCGAUUUUUUGGCUGUUUUUCUCCUCGUCCUGCUGUCCCUGCCUCCUUUGGGGUGUCCAUAAAUGCGUUUUUGGGGUUUGUGCACUCAAAUUUGGGGUUUUUUUUUGGGGGUUGUCAUACAGGUGAUAAAAACGGGGGAAGGUUUUUGUGUUUUCUCAAUAGGUGAAGAACUCUCAGAAGACGCCAAAUUGCAACUCACUGAAUUAAAUCAUUAAAAAAACAAAAUUAAAAAAAAAAAAAUUAGGAAUUUCCCCAGCUGUGGAAGAUGGAGCCUCAUUUUUGCAGCCACUUUGAAUCCUGAGUUCAUCUUUAAAAAAAAAAAAAAGGCGCUGGGGAUUUUUUUUCUUUUUUUUUUGGUUUUUUUAUGGUUUUUUUGGUGGUUUUUUUAUUGGAAGAGCUAAAAUACCCCUGGCUGUCUCCAGCGUGCCAGAUUUGCCACGGACUCAUUCCUCCAGUAGUUGUCAGAGUGUUCUGAGAGCACCUCAGAGUUUGGAGUUGUUGGCUGAGAGGUUCCCUUGGAAUUGUCAGGAGGAAAAAAAAAAAAAGCAAAACCAAAAAAAAAAAAAAGGCAAAAUUCAAAAAUUCUUUCUGCCCCUCUGUUAUUCAUUCACGGACUCCUUCGGCCUACAGGAGAGGGAGCUGCAUGGCUGGGAAGAUCAGAGCCUGUGCUCAGCGAGGCCAGGGUUACUUUUAAAAAGAAGCUGUCAGAGCUUAGCCAGGAGAGGCCUUGGAGAGGUGGCUCUGGCCGGGCUGAGGAGCAGAGCAGGAGCCAGGAUCCUCCCUCAGCAUGUCCAGCCAGGGCGACGACUGCUACUUCUACUUCUACUCCACCUGCAACAAGGGUGACUCGUGCUCCUUCCGGCACUGCGAGGCGGCGCUGGGCAGCGAGACCGUGUGCACGCUGUGGCAGGAGGGCCGCUGCUUCCGCAAUGUCUGCAGGUUCAGGCACAUGGAGAUCGAUAAAAAGCGGAGUGAGAUCGCCUGCUACUGGGAGAACCAGCCCGGGGGCUGCCAGAAGCACAACUGCGCUUUCCACCACACCAAGGGCAGAUACGUGGACGGGCUCUUCCUUCCCCCCAGCAAAACCACUCUCCCCAGCCCCCCCGAGGCCGCCGAGGACGAGCUGAAGCUGCAGCUGCAGCAGAGCAAGCUGUCGGCGCCGUCCAACCCCUGCCCGCAGCUGCGGGGGGUGAUGAAGGUGGAGAGCUCCGAGAACGUGCCCAGCCCCACGCACCCGCCGCUCGUCAUCAACGCGGCCGACGACGACGAGGAUGAUGAUGACCAACUUUCUGAAGAAGGAGAAGAAACCAAAACCCCGCUCCAGCCGCCACCCCCGGAGAGCCACAACGGCCUGAGGGUGAUUUCCACCAGGAAAGCCAACCCCGGAGCCAAGCCAGAUGACAACUUAAACUUUGGAAUAAAAACCUUGGAAGAGAUCAAACUGAAGAAGCUCAAGGAAAAAGCCAAAAAACAAGAAGGUCCUUCGGGAGUGGCUGUGGAUCCUCUCCAAGCCCGGAGCAUUCCUGUGCCAGAGAAGGAAAAUGUCAGGACUGUGCUCAGAACUGUGACCCUCUCCUCCAAGGAAGGGGAGGACCCUGUGAUCCAGCUGAACCUUCCUGACAGGCUGGGGAAGAGGAAAACCCUCGCGGGUGGCAAAACUUUCCUUCCCCUGAGGAGGAGCGUCGCCGACAGGCUGGGGAGGAAGGCGGAGCUGCAGGAGAACUCCGAAAAGGCCCCGAAAAGGGGCCCAGUUCAAGUCCUGAAGUCCCUGAAGGAGAGGCUGGGGCUGCCCUCUGAGCAGGGCAGCACUGAGACAGACAAAGCUGCCAAACCCAUCGAGGAGAUCCGGGUGAAAACCCUGGAGGAGAUCCGCCUGGAAAGAGCCAACCAGAGGAGGGGAGACCCCCCAGGCAAAACCCCGGCGGAAGGAAGGAAAGCCGAAGAUCCGAAUUCAGCGUCGAAACCCUGCCCUGCUGCCCGCAGCAAACCCCUGACGGGAGCCCUGGUGGAGAAAAACCACAAAAGGUUGGGAGAGGAGAAGGAAAAACCCGAGGAAUUCGGCAGCAGGGCCAAAAACGAGGCGGAUCCCAGGAAACAGAACAUUCCCGCUCCGGCCGGGGCGGGCAGGGCGCAGCUGGCAGAGGCCGCGAGAGCCAAGGGAGCCGGAGAAGUUCGGAUCAAAACCCUGGAGGAGAUCAAGAGGGAGAAGGCGCUGAGGCUGCAGCAGAGCGGGGAGAACGUGCCCGCAGCGCCCGGGCCGGCCCCGGCCGCCCUGAGGGGCCGCAGGCUGCUGCGUGUCACCCGGCUGCUGGCACCUGGAAAAGAAGAAAAAAUGAUCGUGGAGCUGAACAAACCUUCCCCCAAAAGUGGCUCUGCCCCUGCUGAGAAUUCAGGGAAUUCUGGGAUUCAGGUGAAGAGCCUGGAGGAAAUCAUGUGGGAGAAGCGGCAGCAGAAGCAGCGGCAGGAGGAGAAGCUGCAGCAGGGAGCCGGGGCAGUUCCAGCUGAAACCCAGGAAAAAAACCAGGAAAAGAUCCCGGAAAAGAACCAGGAGAAAGGCCCGGGAUCGGGGAGCCCCGAGGGCGCGGUGGGGCCAGCCCAGCUGGGCAGGAGGAGAGGAGGAAAAGCCCCCGAGGAUGGAGGGGGAACCCCGGAGAAGGAGCCGGGGAGGAAGGGAGCGCAGCUGCCCGAGAGGAGAGCCAGAGCCAAAUCCAAGGUGUGCCUGAAGCCUCUGGAUGCCAAAGCCCCUCCCAAGCAGCCCCUGAAGAGGAAGGGCCCCGAGGGCCACCCCCCUGCUGUGGUGGCAGUGAAGCCACUCAGUGCCACCAGCGGGGACACCCAGGAGCCCCCGGCCAAGGUUGUUCCCCCUUCUCCCGAGGACAGCCUGGGCUCCAAGCCUCGGAGGGAGAAUUCCCAGAGCAGCCCCCAGCUGCAGCCUGGCACCCCGGGGGAUCCCCUGCCACAGCUGGAGGUGUCUGGAUCUUCCUCCUCCUCCUCCUCCUCCUCCUCCCUGGAGGCUCCCCUGAAGCUGCGGCGCCUGAGCUCGGCCGGUGCCGCCAAGGCCGCGCUCUCGGUGGAGGACGACUUUGAGAAGCUCAUCUGGGAGAUCUCCGGGGGAAAACUGGAGGCAGAAAUCGACCUGGAUCCAGGCAAGGACGAGGAUGAUCUCCUGCUGGAACUCUCGGAGAUGAUUGACAGCUGAGAGGGGAGGUUUUGGGAAAAAAAAAAUGGAAAAAAAGACGCGACACCAAAAAAAAAACCAACUAAAAAUGGAAAAUUUCCUCGUGACGCCCCACAGAAAUGCUGUAAAUGUUGUUGGGGCCGUGGAGGAGAUCCUGCCCAGCUGGAAGCACAGUUGGAUUGUUAGGAUUAGGCAGAGUCUGCUCUCAGUUAUCCCAAAAUUCCGGGCUGAGUUUGUCCCGGCGGCUCCUCCCCCGCGGGACAGGACAGAGCACUUGGAAUGCCCUGAGGGACCCCAGGGCCCAUCUCCAGAGCUCCCUCCUGGACAGAAAUCCCAAAAAAACCCUGGAGUUACUGUGUCAACUCUGGAUGGACUCGGAUUUUGGGGGGAAUUCAGGGAAAAGAGGGAAAGAGGAUUUUGGACCAAAGCCUGCCAGGGUGAGCCUGGCUCGGGGUGAUCUGGGGGAUUUUUCCUGGGAUCCUGCCAUGGGGGAAGGCAGAAUUCCUCCUGGAAUUCGGGAAAAGGAGCAUUGCUUCAAGUGCCUCUGGCUUCUGAGGAUUUCUCCCUGCAAUGAACCUCCCACAUCCAGCUGGGAUCGUUUUGGGAAGGAAAAAACAAAAGCACCUGGAAUGUUCCCCCGUGGCUGCUUCCCUCUUUUCCAGCUCCUUGGAGAUGGGGUUGGGUGGAAUCCCUGUGGGUUUUGGGGUUGUUUUUUUUUUCAUUUUGUUUCGGAUGAUUUUUUUUCCUGUAAAUAUUUUAUUCUUCCAUUUUAUAUUUGUAUGAUUCUAUUUAAGGGAUUAAAGGUAGGCUGCUCACUGCCGUGUC